UGGUGUUCCUCCCUACCAGAUGACAGUCUCACUCCACACACACUGCUACCUGCUGUGACCUCUGUGAGACAGUUCUGGAGGCGAAAUGAUGAUGAUGAGGGGCUGCUGGAGGUGCUUGGUGUCCCCUGGUCAGUGAUGGAUCGUAUCAGGGCCAAUCCAUCGCACACAACUGAAGAGGUGAAAAGGAUUGCAGGUCUACAGUACUACCUCCAGACCCUACCUAGUGCAUCAUGGGAGAUGAUAGCUGGAACAUUAUGGUAUCUGGAGGAGCACACAGUCCUGGAGGAAGUCAGACAACAUCUACCAUCUACAUAUGAUCCCAGCCUCACUCCCUCCAAUAUGAGAGCAGCACUGGACACACUGCCAGCUAACAAGUGGGAGGAGUUUGGUGAUGGACUGGAUUUCCCACACUCCAAGUUGAACCAGAUCAAGUCUCAGUUCACUAGUGAUGAGGAGAGGAAAGUUGAGCUCAUCAGAAUAUAUCACACCCAACAUCCCCACCCAACAUGGGAGCAUGUCUCAGAUGCUCUCUACUGGUGUGGUGAUAUGUAUGAUGAUCAGCAGUUCCGCAAUGUUCUUGACAGACUCCAGUCCAUGUUCCCCACUGGUCGCAACAAGGCCAAGAAGAUCUACGAAGAGGAGAUGAAACGUGGAAUCACAGAACGACUCAUCACAAAAGUGACAAUGGUGGGUACUGCAGGCAGCGGGAAGUCAACGUCCCUAGAGACACUGACUGGCGAGGAGCCACUGGCAGAGGGAGAACGAGAGAGCACACCACUCCUGAAGAGACCUGUCCAAACCGAGGUGGUCUUUGUGGAAGGGAAGGAGGUGAGGUGGAGGAAGAAGACGGCAGACGAAAAGAAGCAAUACAUUGCCCGCAUCCUGAGAGCCCGUGCCCAGAAACUAGGCCAGCCACCCACCCAGCCACCAACUGUAGUCAGAGAGAAACACAACUCCCCCAAAGCAGCAGAGUCAGCAUCCUCUCCCCAGAAAUCCUCACCAGUAGCCACAGAAGAAACCAAAGCCUCAGCCACUGCCUCCAGUAUGGCAGCCACGGCCAGUUGUGACCAGUCGUCUGACAAGGCCCCAGAGGUGACGGUGGAAACCCUGCUGGAGUCAUCCGAGGUGGAGGAGGAGUUCAUAUCCCUCAUCAACGUCCCCAGCCACUCCCUGGAGACCGUCUUCACUGAAACAUGUGUGUACAUUGUGGACAGCGGAGGCCAGCCCGAGUUUGUGGAUGCCAUGACGGUGUUCCUAGGGCAGACGUCGGCCUGCAUUCUGGUCAUCGAUCUCUCCCAGCCACUAGACCACCGCCCAAACAUCGGCUACUACCGAAGGGGAAGAGCCGUGUCCAAGCCCUACCGGUCCACCCGGACAAAUGAAGAGAACCUGAAGCUGAGCAUGCGGACCAUGCACACGUUUGUCUCCAAAACGAAGGGAGAUCCCCUCAAGCUGCUCUUCCUUGGCACCCAUCGAGACAAGCUGCACAAGUGUCUCUCAGAAACGGUGGGAGACAAGAACAAACGAUUGAAAAAGCUGAUUCCAAAGAAGUUUGCCAGUCAGGUGAUCUGGGCCACCACCGAGAAAUUGAUCUUUGAGAUGAACGCUCUGAAACCAGACCAUCUGGACAAGAAGACGGCAGAGCAGAUCAGACGCUACGUCUUGGAGCAGUGCCGGCCCAUCAAGGUGGUGCUGCCCGUGCGGUGGCAGGCAUUUGAAGAGAAGCUGAGGAGCAUCGCGGUGAGACUGGGGAGGAUGGUGAUGAGUCGGCAGGAGUGCUUGAAGGUGGCAGAGUCACUGGGGCUGGCGGAGAACUCUUUCGAUGUUGCCUUGGACCACUUCCACAGAGUGAGCCUCAUGUUCUAUUUCCGCACCAUCCUCCCAAAAACCGUGUUCGUCGACCCACAAGUGUUGCUGGACAAGGUCUCGGAGCUGGUGGAGUUCAUGUUUGAGCUGCGAAAUUUAGAUGAUGCAUCUGAAGACCCAAACGUAGGAGAGCAAGAGAAGGAAGAUCAUUGCUAUUCUUCUUCAGUGGAACCACCUCCGAAAAGGAUAUGUCUAACAGACUCAUCUUCUGUUGGGGGCGACAUGCCAUCAGUUACAUAUGAGGAGUUGUCAGAGGCAUCAUCUAAUUCCAGUAGCGAGUCAGAGAGUGCAAUGUCGUCUUCCAGCUGGGACUCAAUGAUGUCAGCUGCAGGAGAGGAGUUGUCAGAGCCGGAAGAGGAAGACGAAUCCUCCGACAACACAAAACCAGAAGAGAAACACACACCAGAUGUUGGA